AUGCGUUAUCACAUACUCUUUGGCAGUGCUCUGGGCAUGAUCCUGGUUGCUGGGCCUGUCCAGGCUGGUCCGUUGCCACGCCUCGGCCCCAGGCUGCUCAAAGCUGAAAGAGCGGAAACUGCCGUAUUCGACACCUCUGCCAUCCCUGAUGGACCUGGUUCUACCCAGCCUGCCUCGCCAAAUGUACCCACGGGCACAGCUCCUCGCCCCAUCUUCCAGACCUUGACCGGCACGUCGGCAGACAUUCCCGACUCCCUCCGGUCCAGCAUCCCUACACAGGCUCAGACCCAAGAUCCGGUCUCGACUUCGGCUGGACCAAGCGUCGUCCCGGUUGAGACUUCGUCGACCAGCAUACCAUCGGCGCCGGUGACCUCGUCCAGCAGUGUCAUUGACUCUCACACUAGCACCGCCGUUCCGCCUUCGUCCACGUCUGAGGCCAAUGCUGCCCCUACGAGUGCUGUUCAGACAGCCUCUUCUGAGCCUGCUGUACCAACUACAACUAGCAUGUUUACCACGGUCGUCAUCCCGGAUCUCAAUCCUCCUACUACGGCUCCCACUACGAGUUCGACGGAGCCUGCCAAGCCAACCACCGUUGGAACCUCCGUCACGAGUAUAGGUCCGGAUCUGGAGUCUGGCAUUGCUACCGACAGGCCCACCACGACUGGCGUCCCCGCUGCGACGACUUCCACGACGGUUGCCGCUCCUGUUACGACUCACAGCACCGCUGUGGACAUCAUACAGACCUCUUGCCGCCACAACUGGAGCUGCUCAUACGGACACCACGGCGUCGAGCGCUUCCACGGUGAACACAGAGACCGCAUCUGCGACGGCGCCUGCUGGGGUGACGGGAUCUACAACUCAACCGUUGACUACGGAGACGACUGCUUCUUCAGUGACGGAGACUUUGGCGGCUACUGGGACUUCGAUAGCUACAACGGCUACCGCAAGUUCCACACUCCUGGAACCUCAGCAGUGACAGGCACAUCAGCAGCUACUGAGACUUCGGCCGUCACAAGCACCGUGCCCUCUGCUGCUGCCCCAACCACAGCCCCUGAGACUCAGACGACUGCCACUGGCUCCAGCACCGGUCUUCAGAAUUCGCUCACGCAGACGACCAUUGCCCACCAAACACAAUCCAGUUCAACUGUCGGAAGCACAACAGUGACGUCUCAGGAUGCCUCGACAUCACAGACUCAGCCACCAGGCUCUGUUGCUGCCACCUUCAGCACAAGCUCUAUCCCUGUCCCUGCCAACACGGUGACCGUCUCUACCAGCCUGAUUCAGCCUCCGCAGAGCACGAGUGCUUCUCUUGCUCUUACGGGUGGAAGCAGCCUGACCUCGACUGUUGCUCAAACUGGUACUACACUCCUGACCUCGUUGUCGACGACGACUUCUGUUGGCCUGCCGGCGAGCUCGACGUCAACUGAAAGUGUAGCAUCAACAUCAAGCUCUGCUGCUGCUGCCACUACAACCUCCGCGUCUACUACCAGCGAAGCAGUGUUCGUGACAUCGUCAGCCCCCAUUGAGCCUACAACAUCCUCCACAGCCUCGUCAGCUUCAAGCUCAUCCACAGCCGCGGCCAGCACCUCAAGCCAGGCUGCCCCCUCGCUAACGACAGCCCCUGAAACCACACAGUCGGCCAGCCUGACGAAGCCCGUCUUCCUGCCAACGCCAACAGAGUCCUCUGAAGACGCAACCACAACGACAAAACGCACGACGACAUCCACCGCCACCGUCACCGUCCAGCCCACCGGAACCCCCAACGCCGCCGUCCCAACCACAUUGACCUUCUUCCCCACGGCCACCACCACCGUCCCCGCCCAGGUCUACGCAAGCAACCUCGCCGCCGCCCAGAGGUACAACGACGUCUUCACCAACAUGGACCCCGAGUCCGCCUGUACCGGCGCCCAGGCGGCCUGCAUCGACGGCCAGCUGGCGACGUGCGGGCCCAGCGGCGCCUUUGUCCUCGAGGCAUGCGACCCGGGCACCAAGUGCUUUGCUCUGCCGAUGAACAACACCGCAGGCGUCCUGCUUGGAUGCCAUGACCCUGCUCUUGCGGAGAGCAUCCUCGGCGGCGCGGGUGCGCCCCAGAGCAGCAGCAGCAGCAGCAGCAGCAGCAGCAGCGGGCCGGCUCCGACGUCUGUCCCGGCUGGUCCCCCAGCGGUGCCCACGACGACGACGACGACUGACCCCGGUGUGAUAGUCACCAGUUACAUCACCGUCAGCGACUUGCCGCCCGUGGCGCCUACGACAUCUACUGCUACUGUCGUGGUUCCCUCGCCCCAGCCGCCCUCUGCUCCUCCGGCUGCAGCGCCUCCAGCAGCGGACCCCCCUGCAGUCUCUCAUCCAGUCGCCUCUCCUUCUCCUUCUCCUUCUCCUUCUCCUUCUCCUUCUCCUUCUCCUUCUCCUUCUCCUUCUCCUUCUCCUUCUCCUCCUCCAGCCGUCUCUUCACCAGCAGCCUCUCAACCCCCGUCCCCUCCCGCAGCCCCAACGCCAACAACCUUCCAAACCAUCCGCACCAGCGUCGUCCCUCCCCCGAGCAUCACGCCCCCCUCCAACAACAACAACCCCUUUGCGCCCCUCCCGCUGCCCAACCCAACGAGCCUCAUCCUCAUCCCCGUCCCCGACGACAGCCCUCUCCCCGGCCCAUCAGAGCUCGCCGUCCCCAGCAGCAGCAGCAACAGCAAUCCGACCCCUCAACCCACAGAGGUCCGUAACGGGCCGGCUGCUGGAUCUGGCAUCUUGCCCACUGUUACCGUCACCGAGCACGAGAAGGAGACUGUGACGGUUACGCAAAGGGAAAAGGAGACGGUGACGGUUGCGCGGGAGACGGUGACUGUUACGCAGAUUCCUUCGAAGGAGACGGUGACUGUCACUGUUGGCGUUUGAGAGAUUGUUGAUGGGGGGGUGAUUUAGGGGCAUGUUGAAUGUGCGAGGUUGGUCCACAAUAAAUACCUUACCUUGAUGCCUUUAUACUUUUUUUCCCCUUUUUCUUUACCUUUUGUUUUUGCUAUUUACAUGUUGGUUGGAUGGAUAUUUCUGUUUUUUAUGAUCAUGAGUUUUUCCAUGUUUCAAUAUAUAUAUAAUAUGUAGCCGGUCUAUCAUACUCAUCAAGGGAAGCCGGGAAGAAAGAGAAAAGGGGGGAAAAUUAAUGCUUGG